AUGACUGAAGAGAGUGGCCCAGGCAUGAAAGUGAUUUUAAUGGAUAAAGAAACGACAAGCAUUGUCAGCAUGGUCUUCAGUCACUCAGAAAUCUUACAAAAGGAAGUAUAUCUAUUUGAGAGAAUUGACAGUCACACCAAAUGGGAUAACUUGAAGCAUAUGAAGUGCAUUGUAUUCUUGAGACCAACAUCAGAAAAUAUUGCUCUAUUAUCCCGAGAGCUAAAAUGUCCUAAAUAUGGAGUAUAUUUUAUCUAUUUCAGUAAUGUAGUAUCGAAAGCUGAUAUCAAAACAUUGGCUGAAUGUGAUGAGCAGGAGACAGUGAGGGAGGUUCAAGAAGUCUUUGCAGAUUAUCUGGCUGUGGACCGGCAUUUAUUCUCCUUCAACAUAGUGGGAAGCUUGCAUGGUAAAUAUUGGAAUCAACAACACUUGCAACGCUGUACUCAAGGUCUACUAGCUCUCCUCCUGUCCCUCAAGCGUCGACCCAUCAUCAGAUACCAAGGCGGUUCAGACGCGAGUGCUCGUCUGGCAGAGAAGCUUCGAGAGCUGGUUAGAAAGGAGGCUGUGUUGAUUGAUAAUAAUAUACCGUUCAACGGUGAUGUGCCACAGCCACAGUUAUUGAUUUUGGAUCGACGUGAUGAUCCAGUUACCCCGUUGUUGAGUCAGUGGACAUACCAAGCGAUGGUGCACGAGAUACUGACCAUCAACAACAAUAGAGUGAGUCUUGCGCACUUGCCCAAUGUGCCUAAAGACUUCAAAGAAGUGGUCCUAGCCCCGGAACAGGACGAGUUUUAUGCUAAAAAUCUGUAUUCAAACUUUGGUGAAAUCGGUCAAACGAUGAAGUCACUGAUGGACGAGUUCCAGAAGAAAGCGAAAAGUCACCAGAAAGUGGAGAGUAUAGCUGACAUGAAGAACUUUGUUGAGACAUACCCACUGUUUAAGAAAAUGUCGGGCACAGUGACGAAGCACAUCACGGUGGUGGGCGAGCUGUCGGCGGCGGUGGCGCGCCGCUCGCUGCUGGCCGUGUCGGAGCUGGAGCAGGAGCUGGUCUGCCACUCCGACCACAACAAACAUUUGCAGCGUCUAAAAGCUCUGAUCGCAAACGAGUCGAUCCUUCCCGAGGACCUGGUGAGGCUGGUGACGCUGUACGGGCUGCGCUACGAAAAGCACGCGGGGAACACGCUGCCGGCGCUGGUGGAGGCGCUGCGCGCGCGCGCCGGCGCCGCGGCCGCCGCGCUGCCCGUGCUGGCGCUGGAGCACGGCGGCGUGCACGCGCGCCAGAGCGACCUGUUCGGUCUGCAGGAUGCCGCCAAGAUCACUAAGAGGCUGUUCAAGGGCUUAAGCGGUGUAGAGAACAUCUACACGCAACACACACCAUUACUAAAAGAUACCCUGGAAGACCUGAUGAAGGGCAAGUUGCAGGAAAACCAGUACCCCAUCAUCGGUGGUGAUGACUUAUCAUCAGGGAGACGGCCCCAGGACAUCAUAGUCUUCAUAGUUGGUGGUACCACAUACGAAGAAGCUCUCUGUGUUCACCAGCUGAAUCUAGCAAACCCUGGAGUCAGGAUAGUACUCGGAGGUACAACUGUUCAUAAUUCAACUUCAUUUUUAGAGGAAGUGAAACAUGCCAUGCAAGGUGUUCACAGAACGCAUACGCGGCAUAUUCGUAACAUA